UUUUAAAUAUUCAAAUUACAUUCGUUACUGAAAGCAAUUUUACAACCUUGAACAGCAAAAAAUGGCAUUAAGCAGAAAAGGGGGAAAUGUUCGACUUCCACCAGAGGUCAACAGGAUCUUGUAUAUCAGAAAUUUGCCAUACAAGAUAACAGCUGAAGAAAUGUAUGAUAUUUUUGGAAAGUAUGGUGCUAUACGACAAAUUAGAGUAGGAAACACACCAGACACAAAAGGAACAGCAUUUGUAGUGUAUGAAGACAUAUUUGAUGCUAAGAAUGCCUGUGAUCAUCUGUCUGGAUUUAAUGUCUGUAAUAGAUACUUGGUGGUGUUAUAUUAUCAAGCUAACAAAGCUUUCAAGAAGACUGAUGAUGUGAAAAAACAAGAAGAAAUCACAAAAAUGAAACAGAAAUAUGGACUGACAACACCUGAACGGAAAUAACAAAAACAUAAUACUCAUUCUCACUACUUCAUUAUCAAACUUUUCAUUGUCAAUCAUAAAAUCACUUGAUAGGAAAGAAAAAGAUUAUUUUAAUGUGUGAAAUCACUUGAUAGGAAAGCAAAAUGCUUGUUUGUUUAAAAUUGAACAAACAGCAUUAUUUACAUGAUUUAGUUGUAUUUGAACUUGUGAAAUUUUAAGAGGAAAAUCUGUUUGUUAAGAAGUAAACUAGAAUCAUUGUUGACUUCCAGUUUAUUCUGAUAUUGUAAUCUCUAUUGUUUGAUAUUGUUAUUGAAAUAAGGAGAAAUGGACAUUGGAAAGAGAGCUAAUCAUAACUUAUGAGUACAGUUUUGUAUUUGAAGAUAAUUCAAUAUCACAGAUCUAGAAAUAAAUGUACAUUCCUAUAUUUAUUAAAGUUGAACAUCAGGAUGUGUCAUUUGUGAACAAUUUAUAUAAACAUCUGCAUACAUUAUCAAAAUGUAAAAUUUUAUAAAUUCAUAGUUGAUAGAUCAACUUUCAUAAACACCUUGUCCAUAUUUUGUAUACUCAAUUUACGUAACAUACUUUUAGAUGAAAAGUUUUGAGUUAGUAAACCAAAGGGUAUUAUUUAUAUAUGAUAUCAUGUGCAAUAUAAAUUGAAUUUAUGAUUUCUUACCAAACAUUACUAAAGACAACUUCACAUGUAUCUUUAUAACUUAUACAAAAAACAGAGAUAUUAAUGAGUUAAUUCCAUUAUAUUUUAUUGAAAGGUUCUAUUUUGUAAUAUAGAUGUGUUGUGUUGGUGUUUAUUUAUAUAAAAAAACAAAUUACAGAAUUUGUCAUGGUGUUUUAUUUAUGAAAAUAUGAAAUUGACAAUUAUAAGCUUUAAAAAAAAAAAAAAAAUCUUGAAAUUUAAUGAGUAUUGUGAUACCAUCAUAAAUUUCAGUUCUUCAGAAAAAUUUCAAAUUCUAGAAAAUAUUUCAGUUUUGAAAUGUUUGUUUACUUUUAACAUUAGCACAUUUCAAUUUCAAUUUCAAUAUCUGAUAUUUUGUAGUUUGCAAAUGUAUGAUUAUUUUAACAUUCUUUUAUAAUAAAUAUAUACUAAACUU